AUCCCCCCAGUCCAGGGCUUCUAGAGGUGUUUGGUGUCUGUGUGAGUAAGAGAGGAUAUAAGUGCGUGCGCGCGGUUGCACAUGUGUAUGUGUGUGUCUGAGAGAGGUCGACCCUAUUUUGGGUCAGUGAGAAAGUGUCGAUGGCUGCAGAUGCUUCUCAGAGGAAGGCACUGCACUAUCAGCAGACUCUGCUGUAUGGACAGUACACCGAGCACCUUGGCAGCUUUGCAAAGAAGGAAGCCACUCGUCUGCUGAGGGAAGGAGAAUGGAAAAAACCAAGAGUGCCUGGCAAGACAUUGCCCAAAGAAACCUUCACCCCUGAAGUCAAGAAGCAAAGACCUUAUUCAAAAUGUCAAGACUGUGCUGUUCGUCUACAGCGGUACAUUGUGACCAAGUUAGGAGAAGACUGGAUCUUCUUGGUCCUACUUGGUCUCACAAUGGCACUAGUUAGCUGGAGCAUGGAUUAUGCCAGUGCAAAGAGUUUGCAAGCAUACAAAUGGAUGUUCAGGGAACUUAAGGACAAUGUCUUGCUACAGUAUCUGGCUUGGGUAACCUACCCUGUGGUCCUCAUCAUCUUUUCCUCUGUUUUCUGUCACCUCGUUUCUCCACAAGCAGUUGGUUCUGGAAUCCCAGAGCUGAAGACCAUCCUCCGUGGAGUUGUACUAAAGGAAUAUCUUACCCUGAAGGCCUUCAUUGCUAAAGUCAUUGGCCUCACUGCUAGCCUGGGUAGUGGAAUGCCUUUAGGGAAAGAGGGCCCAUUUGUCCACAUUGCGAGCAUCUGUGCAGCUGUACUCAGCAAACUGAUGUCCGUCUUCAGUGAUGUUUACAAGCACCCGUAUUGCUACACAGACAUUCUCACCGUAGGCUGUGCAGUGGGUGUUGGCUGCUGUUUCGGGACUCCACUUGGAGGUGUCCUUUUCAGCAUUGAAGUGACAUCCACAUACUUUGCUGUCAGAAAUUAUUGGCGUGGAUUUUUUGCGGCCACAUUCAGUGCUUUCAUCUUUCGAGUGCUGGCAGUGUGGAACAAAGAUGCUGUUACUAUAACAGCCCUGUUUCGAACUAAUUUCCGCAUGGAAUUCCCAUUUGACCUUCAGGAGCUCCCAGCCUUUGCAGUCAUUGGCAUUUCCUGUGGGUUCCUUGGUGCCUUCUUUGUCUACCUGAACCGACAAGUUGUUUUGUUCAUUCGACGACAGACAGUGCUAACAAAAUUUCUUACCAAACACCGACUAAUUUAUCCUGGAGUUGUUACCUUUGUAAUAUCCACUUUGACUUUUCCUCCUGGUUUUGGUCAAUUUAUGGCUGGAGAGCUAAUGCCUCGGGAAGCUAUUAGCUCUCUUUUUGACAACUACACAUGGACGAAGCACACUGACACACCCCACCUAUUAGGACGUUCGUCAGUUUGGAUACACCCUAAAAUAAGUGUCUUCCUUGUUCUGCUGCUCUUUUUUGUGAUGAAGUUUUGGAUGUCUGCUGUCGCAACAACAAUGCCAAUUCCCUGUGGAGCAUUUAUGCCAGUCUUCAUUCUAGGAGCCUCAUUUGGCAGACUGGUUGGUGAGAUAAUGGCCACAUUGUUUCCCAGUGGAAUUCUUUUCGAUGGAAUAGUCUAUCGGAUAUUACCUGGAGGCUAUGCAGUGAUUGGAGCUGCAGCGAUGACUGGUGCUGUUACUCACACUGUAUCCACGGCAGUUAUCUGCUUCGAGCUGACUGGUCAGAUUUCACAUAUUCUGCCCAUGAUGGUUGCUGUAAUUUUAGCCAACAUGGUGGCACAAGGCCUUCAGCCAUCACUCUAUGACUCUAUCAUUCAGGUUAAGAAACUACCUUACCUACCUGAAUUAGGGCUCGGACAUGUCAGUAAAUACAAUAUUUUUGUUGAGGAUAUCAUGGUGAAGGAUAUCAAGUAUUUAACGUUAAUGUCUUGCUACCGGGACUUGAAGAAUUUACUGGAGAAUUGUGAUUUGAAGAACAUCCCUAUAGUUGAUUCUGCAGAAUCAAUGAUUUUGCUGGGCUCUAUAGAGCGAUCUGAACUUCAGUCAUUGCUCAUUACACACCUGUCACCUGCCCGACGUCUCAGAGCUUAUAGAGAGGGCUGCAGCAAAAUGGAAGCAUCACCUUAUAAUGGUCAGACACCAGGUCAAAGGUCACAGAACACAGAUAUUGCAACAGAUACAUCUUUCACCUAUGUUGAUGAAGAACUUGGAGAUGAAGCAGCAGAAAAGACUACUCCAGUGGUAGAAGAGCCAAAUGGUCCACUCCCAUCAACAAGGCAAGACCCACCUUACCAGGAGUCUUCUGGAAAAGGCCCUUUUCAGGCAGUGAGGAGGUCCAUUCAUGGAUUAUUUCACCCUUCUGUGCAUGUACCACCAGCAGAACAAUCUCAGGAUCCAAUUUCAACUUUAGAAAACAUGACAGAAGAAGAGGUAAAGGCCUGGGAAGAACGUGAACUUAAAAAGCCAAUUAACUUUGAUAACUGCAGGAUUGACCCAUCCCCGUUUCAGCUUGUAGAGAGAACUUCACUACACAAGACUCACACGUUAUUCUCUUUGCUGGGGCUGAGCCAUGCCUAUGUAACUAGUAUUGGCAGACUGGUUGGAGUGGUUGCACUGAAAGAGCUUCAGAAGGCUAUUGAAGGAUCCACUCGAGCAGGGGUUAGGCUACGUCCACCACUGGCCAGCUUUCGAGAUGGUCUUCGCCAAAGGGCAUCAAAAACUGGCCAGAAUCUGCCACUUUGGGGUCAUUCAACAGAAGAUAAACAAGAUCAGGAAAUAGGAGCCAGGAGUCAUGAAAGUGUAAAUGUAGACUCUGCAGAGAAAACUCACCAACCCCCUGGAUCGACAGAUGCUGGUCCCGAACCUGAGGAGGUGGAAUUAAAAGGAGCAGAGAGCAUGUCAGAGGUUAUCCCUAGUUUGAGUGAUUCCGAUAAUGAUUAUGACGUCCUCUGAAUUAUUCAUAAAGAAGAAAACCCACUCACUAUUCAACCCCAAAUAAGGAGAUAGGACUCUGAUGAUUUUCUGCCAAGAAAAAGAAAGAAAAUUUUGUAUUGAAAUUAUAAUCUUAGUGUCUGGAUUAGGUUGAAGAAGCCUUCAGUAUCUCUUCAGGAUACACCUGAAAUGCAUAAAAUCAAAUUCUAGACUUUUUCUAGCAAUCUCUCCGUAAAUGAAGCUUGUCAACAUCUGAGUGGAGUCUCCAUUGCUAUGAAUAUUUGUUUUUGUAAUUCAGUAAUUUGUUACUAAAGAGAAACACAGGAUUGUUUUUCAUUUCCUAGACUUCUUAAAACGAUUUUUUUACAUAAAUAAAUAGUUACUGGAAGCACCUAAUUCUAAGGUUGUUUUCAAAGGCAAUUUGCAGAACUCAGAACUUUUGACACUAUUCUGAAAUGACUCUUUAAUUCAUGUUUUAAACAGGGAUUUGUGAAGACUCCUUAAUGAUUAAUGCUCAUUUUGAGAUGAUGUAAUUUCUCAUUUUGUUAGUGCAGUUUAUAAUUUAUUCACUUUUUUGGAAAGUUCUAUGUUCUGAUAUCAGCGGAUGUACCGUAAAUGAACAAGUCUGGACUGGAUCCUGGACAUAAAACGUUACAGAGCUGAAACCAAAGGCUAUGAAAUUGAGCUUUUAGGUAUUCUUCUUUUAAUCUUAAAAAACAGAUAAAAAAAUCAUUAUGCAUUUGUGAUUCUCAUCAGUCAGGUGCAAUCAUUGAUUUAUGCUUGAACAGUUCUUUUCUUUUAAAUUCCCAUUAGGUGUAGCUAUAACCAAUGGAAAGCCUUAACACAUCUCUUAAGAUGUAGAAUUAACUAUAAAUUGUGUACAGAUUUUGUUAUAAGGAAUAAAUUGCUUGAAUCUCUACGAACUGACAUAUAUUUGGUUACAAUAUUAAUUUUCCUUUAAUCAUCCAGUUACCCAUUUUAUAACAUUAAAUCUAUGCUUUUCUCAAGGAC